AUGUCGAGGCUCCACUAUAGCGAGUACGUGGUGCAAGGCGGAGACUGGGGCGCGAUGAUUGUCUGGGCAAUCGCCCACUCUUACCCAGAGUCUGCCAAGGCGCUCCAUGUCAACCUUCUAUCAUUGACCGAGCCAGACUAUAACUCUAAGCCUGAGUAUACGGAGUUCGAGGAACGCUCUCUCCGACAGCGCGAACAUUUUGAUACAAAUGAAUUCGCCUACUACCUCGUACAGAAUACCAAACCUCGCACUCUUGGAUGCGCGAUGCAUGACUCUCCAGUCGCCAUGCUAGCAUGGAUGGCGGAUAAGCUGUUCACAUGGUCUGACUCAUAUCCCUGGUCUCCUCUCCGACUGAAUUGA